UGAAAUUUACUCAAAAUUAAAAUAAAGAGCAAGUAAUUAGGAAGAUAAAACGCAGUUUAUUCUGGGCAACCUGUGGCUUAUGGAUGUGCGUAUGUUGUGGCAGAAAAAGAAGCACGUAGAGGUUAACUAGUUGAGCUAGAUUGACUAUCUGUAUAAAACAGAUGCAAGCUCCAGGCAGACAUCACGCUGCAUCAUUAGAUUGAUAUUAUCUAAUAUAACUUGAAGCGCAAAGUGUGUAAUUAUUUGGUGUUAGUGCAGCAUGCAUUCAAAGGGUAUGAAGAUUACUGGUAAGCCUUUGAAGGUGCGAAAGGGUGCAUGGGGUUCUGAUGAGGAUGCUCUUCUCAGAAAAUGUAUUGAAAAGUACGGUGAAGGGAAGUGGCAUCUUGUCCCUCGUAGAGCAGGGUUGAAUAGAUGCAGAAAGAGCUGUAGACUAAGGUGGCUCAACUAUCUACGACCAACUAUCAAGAGAGGGGACUUCGAUGCGGAUGAAGUGGAUCUCAUGGUGCGGCUUCACAGGUUACUGGGGAACAGAUGGUCACUAAUUGCCGGAAGACUUCCCGGAAGGACAGCUAAUGACGUCAAGAACUUCUGGAACACCAACUUUCAGAAAAAACUUGCAACUACCAGCUACCAUGGCCAGAAACAGGUGGUGGAAGGGGAAGAGCUCAUUAAUCGGAAACAAACAUGCAGUGCGACUACUCAUGAAGUUGUGAAGCCCCUUCCCCGGACCUUAUCAAAAGGGGCAAGCGUACCCUGCUGUAAUCUGAAUACCCAUUGUGACAUGCACUCUCCUUUGCCUGGGGAAAUAAUAUAUGAUAAAAUUAGCAGCAGCAACAUCAACAACGACAACAAUAAUAAUAUAAUCAUCAACAAGAUAACAUCACCAGGAACACCGCUGCAAGAUCAGGAUGGCAUCGAGUGGUGGAAGGAUAUUUUUGCAGAAAUAGGGACCCAAGGUCAAGAAGAAGGUUCAUUAGAGGGACAGUUAAUGGCAUCCUCGGGUGGUUUGAAAAAUUUAGAAGCUGAAAGUGGUCUAAUUUGGAAGAAGGAUGAAUCAUUCGAUCCAGCAACUGCAACCACCGCCUUACCAGAUGAAGAUGUCCGGAGUUGCUGGAGUGACAUUUUGGAUCUUCUGAACCAGGACUAUAGUUGAUUAAGUUGCAAUAACAAUUUAAAUGCAUUCAGUAGCCAGUCUUUAAUUAUCGAAAAGAGAUUUAUAGACAAGUUGUAUUAGUAUUUUGAUGCAGUCUGGUGUUUGUUGAUAUGAAUAUGUGUAGUUGUUUAUUGUCUUCUGAAUAACUUCUUAGGUUACAAUAUUUAUCACGCUUCUAUGUUGACUACAUGCAGCUCCUAUUGUGAUCAUCAACUUUACAAAAUUAACGACGGUGUAUUUAUAUAAAAUCGGGUGGCUUUUUUUUUAAUGUUAGUAUAUCAUAUCAUGAUUUCUUAGUGUUAUGCCACAGCCCAGUUAGAGGAAACAGAAUCCCGAAGACAAG